AAAACUGGAUCAGUCUGGGAUGGUCGAGAGAGCGGAAAAGGCUUUGGAGCUGAGGUUUGCACAAUGGAGUUUUGCACAAUAGCGCUGCUGGCACUGCUGUCCUCGUUUUACAGCGUUUUGGCCCUGGCACCGAAAGGCGUGUGUCUCCUUCAAGUGGACGAGGGACCUUGCAGAGGAGAAAUUGGGCGCUAUUACUACAACACCAUCACCCAGAAGUGCGAGACUUUCUACUAUGGAGGCUGCCAAGGGAAUGCCAAUAACUUCAAGAGCUUCCAGGAGUGCCAGAAAACCUGUUUCAGAAUCCCAAAGAUCCCCCAAAUCUGCAGGUUUCCUAGAGAGGAAGGACCCUGCCGUGCCCUCUUUCCCAUGUAUUUCUUCAACAUGACCUCCAUGCAAUGUGAGCUCUUCUCCUAUGGAGGCUGCAGGGGAAACUCUAACCGCUUCCAAGACCUCACGUCAUGCAUGGAGUACUGCAGUCCAAGAAAAACGGUUCCCGUGCUCUGCCUGGACCCUCUAGACAAAGGGAAGUGCUCAGCCUCCAUUCCUCGUUUCUACUACAACACAGCCACCAAGAUGUGUGAGGAGUUCAUUUACUCGGGCUGCGGAGGGAGCAGCAACAACUUUGUGUCCAGGCAGAACUGCAUGGACGUGUGUGUCAAAGCAGCCAAAAAACACUCAAUCCAAUCCAAAGGUCGUCGCAGGAGACGGAGAAGAAAUAAUGUCCUUGCAUUCUUGCAGGCAUAGACGUGCGAUUUCAGGGAUUCUUACUACGACAAACACUUUACAGAUGCUAACAUUUAAUAAAUGAUCUCUGUUUGAGCCAGAAAGUGUAGCAGAUUUUGCUUUCGUUGUUGUUACAGAAUGAGUAUUACCGGCACAUACACAAAUUUACACUGUAUUUGUAUGUCAUGCUAUAAGAGCAAUUUUAAAAUGUGACUUUAUUUGUAUGUUUGUUGACAAAGUUUUACUACUGCACUACUGUUCCUGAUUGUGUGUUGAUAUUGUAUGUAUUGUAUAUGUUUUGUAUAAGAAUUAUAUUAUUAUAGAGAACUUUUUUAUUUGUUCUACUGUUUUAUAAGCACACUUUUUAUAUAAAAAAUGAAGAAUAAAUUUAAACUAUUACCAAAA